AUGUCUGUCAAAUUUCAGAGGCACUUCGCGUUGACUGGCUGUCCUGACGGUGCGGUUGGAACCGAAGCCGCGAGAGAGAAGUACGACCCGACCAUCGAGGACUUCUACCGCAAGGAGAUCGAGGUGGACAGCUCGCCGUGCGUGCUCGAGAUCCUGGACACGGCGGGCACCGAGCAGUUCGCCAGCAUGCGCGACCUCUACAUCAAGAACGGCCAAGGGAUCCAAAUAAAUAUAAUAUCGCUGAGCGCGGAUUACACGAGGCCCGAGUGGCCACCUGCAGAGGAGCUUAUUGGGCCCAAUGUGGCCAUCUUUUUGUCUCCUCGCGUAGAGGUCUUUUAUUGA